AUUCCUAAGCCGUACCUCACUGGAACCUAUAAGUUAUGAAUACCAGUACACCACACAAUAUUCAGAAUAACAUUAAAAUCACCGCCGUCCUGCACACACCACCCACCGUCAAUCGACCACGAACCCAAAUCACCACCACCACCAUCACCCAAAAACCAAUUCAAUUCUCUCCCUCCAAACCUUCAAAUUCUCAAACUCUUCCCCCACAGAGCAAAAAUUUCCCCGCCAAAUUAAUCCAAAAACCCCCAAUUCCCAAUUCACCCCCCUUUAAUUAAAACCCUAAUUUUGAAUCCAAACCAAAAACCAAUUCAAUCAAACCUACUUCACAAUUCCCGAUCCAGAACAUCAAAAUCGAUCCUUUUCGCGCCGUCGGCCAUUAAUUGUUGAUGGGCACAAUCAAGAUCUUCAAUGGAGCAUUGAAACCCAGCUCGUCCCCGCCGCUGCCUCCACCGGUCACGUGCUCUACCUCGUGCACAGAGACUGUUGAUGGCUGCCACGAGUUUAAGAUCGAUGGAUACUCGCUCGCCAAGGGCAUGGGAAUUGGCAAGUUCGUCGCGUCCGAUUCCUUUGUUGUCGGUGGCUAUACGUGGGCAAUAUAUUUCUACCCAGAUGGCAAGAGCGUUGAGGAUAACGCUGCGUUCGUGUCUCUUUUCAUAGCUCUGGCGAGCGAGGGCACGGACGUCAGGGCUUUGUUCGAAUUGACGCUUUUGGAUCAGAGCGAGAAACAACGGCACAAAGUGCAUAGCCAUUUUCUGAGGAGGCUCGAUAGUGGUCCCUAUACACUUAAGUACCGCGGAAGCAUGUGGGGUUAUAAACGUUUUUUCAAGAGAACUCAAUUAGAGACAUCAGACUUUCUUAAAGAUGAUUGCCUUAUAAUUAGAUGUCGUGUUGGUGUUGUUAAGACAAAUACUGAAGGACCUAAAAUCUAUUCUAUAGCAGUGCCACCUUCCAAUAUCAGUCAGCAUUUCGGUAAGCUUUUAGAAAGUGGAAAGUUGACUGAUGUAAGUUUUGAAGUUGAUCGUGAAGUAUUUUCUGCCCACAAGGUGGUGCUUGCAGCACGAUCGCCUGUGUUCAGGGCACAACUCUUUGGUCCGCUGAAAGAUAAAAGCACUCAUUGCAUAAAAGUUGAAGACAUUGAGGUUCCUGUUUUCAAGGCGUUGCUGCACUUCAUCUACUGGGAUGCUCUACCAGACAUGCAAGAGCUUGUUGGGGGCCUAAAUUCAAAUUGGGCUUCUACAAUGAUGGCACAACAUCUGUUGGCAGCAGCAGAUCGUUAUGGCCUCGAGAGGCUCAGAUUGCUUUGUGAAGCUAAACUUUGCGAGAAUGUUGCCAUAAACAAUGUUGCAACAACAUUAGCCUUGGCAGAGCAGCACCACUGUUUCCAGCUUAAAGCUGUAUGCCUCAAAUUUAUUGCAGUGCCUCAAAAUUUAAGAGCUGUGAUUGAAACUGAUGGAUACAAGUACUUGAGGGAAAGCUGCCCUUCUGUCAUCACUGAGCUACUGCAUUGUGUUGCAAGUAUUGGUGAGCAUUCUUUUGUUGCUUGUGGAUAUGGAAAAGGGACAUUAUUUGAUGGCAGCGAUACGAAUGGAAGGCGGGUUAAAGCAAGGUUGUAUUGAUUUGGAAAAUAAGCUGCAAGAAUAAACAAACGUGGAGAGCUUGCUAGGAUACCUUCAUGAAUUGUGCGCUAACACACGACUAAUCCAUAUGAAGAAAAAGAAAAAAAGAAUUGUAGUGGUUCAUUUGGUUUUUCUUUGUAAUAUCUUUGUGUUAUAAAGGAUUUGUUAUACAUUUUGUAAACCUCUGGUCUCUGCCGGCUAUAUUAUUUUUGUGUGCAGUUUUGCUUGGUCUAGACUGGGUAAUCAUUUUAUGGUGUUAAUAAGAGCAGCACGUUUUCUUA